GCCCCCUCUCUCUCUCUCUCUGCUAAAGCAUACAUCCCAUUUCUAUAUAAGCAAAGGCCCCUCUGAACUCCCACUUCUCUCACACAGAAUCCUCCAUUUUUGUGUAAGCUCCAACAAUCCCAUCUCCUACAGAGGACAUAAAAAGAAGAGGAAUAUAUAUAUAUACAUAUAAAUAUAUAUAUAUAUAUAUAUAUAGGAAUAACAAAUAGACACACAUAAAUACAAUAUCUCAGAUAAUCUCUUAAUUGUUAAAAGAAGAAGAAUUGAAGAGGUUAAUAUUGAGGUAAUAUGGGGAGGGGGAGAGUGGAGCUGAAGAGAAUAGAGAACAAGAUCAACAGGCAGGUGACUUUCUCAAAGAGAAGAAAUGGUUUGCUCAAGAAAGCCUAUGAACUCUCUGUGCUUUGUGAUGCUGAGGUUGCCCUUAUCAUCUUCUCUAGCCGUGGCAAGCUCUAUGAGUUUGGAAGUGCUGGUAUGGCCAAAACCCUCGAACGAUACCAACAUUCCUGCUUCAAUCCUGAGGAAAACAGCAUUGAACGUCAAGCACAGAGCUGGUAUCAAGAAGUCACAAAACUGAAGGCUAAAUAUGAAUCCCUUCUGAGCACUCAAAGGCAAUUGCUUGGGGAAGAUCUCGGACCACUGAAUGUGAAGGAGUUGCAAAAUCUUGAAAAACAACUUGAAGGAGCUCUUGCACAGGCCAGGCAAAGGAAGACACAGCUUAUGAUUGAACAAAUGGAGGACCUGCGCAAAAAGGAGCGUCACCUUGGAGAUCUUAACAAGCAGCUGAGGGUCAAGCUGGAGACAGAAGGACAAAAUCUUAAAGCCAUCCAAAACAUGUGGAGCUCGAAUGCAGCUGCUGGAAGUAGCAGCUUUUCUUUGCAUUCUUCCCAAACCAACCCCAUGGACUGCCAACCUCAUGAACCUGUCUUGCAAAUAGGGUACCAUCAGUAUCUUCCUGCUGAGGGGCCUUCAAUUUCGAAGAGCAUGGCUUGUGAGACCAACUUCAUCCAGGGAUGGGUUCUUUGAAAGUCUGAUCAAUAUGAAAAAUAAAGGAUAAUUUAUAUAUAUAUUUAUGAUUGUCUAUAUGGAUGGCUUCAUUGUACUGGGAUCUGCAACUUCAUAUAUAUCUUCUGAUGUACUUGCAAGAAUAUAUGGCCCUAUGGUUGCCCUACAUAUAUUGUUUUGUUUUUGGAA